UUAUAACUCCAAGUUCGUUCAGGAAAAAACUUACUUGUAUCUUUUCUUCUAAGACAAACCUAAGAUCUGUAAAGACCACCAAACAAUGCAUUCACAAACCAAACUAAAGAAACCUAACUCUCAUUUUAGACUUUGCACUUUCCUCUUCUUCACCGUCCCCUUUACCAUCCCCGCUCUCUUACUCAUCCGCGCCUCCUCUUACUCCUCCUCCACCACCGCAGUCUUCUCCCAUCACGACACAACUCAGCCGCCUUGGUCUGGCGACCUUCAAACCGCCCAAUUCGCCUGGAACCGCCUUGCUUUCUCCUUAACCAACCCUCCCCCCAAAACUCUAAAACUCGCGGUCUUCUCCCGGAAAUGGCCCACCGGGCCCAAUCCCGGCGGCAUGGAACGCCACGCCUUCACUCUCUACACUGCUUUAGCCCGCCGUGGACACCGCGUCCACGUUUUCACCUCUCCCUUAGACCCUUCCCUUGAAACCAACAAAACCGUAAACCCGACAAUACACCCCCACGGCGAUGCAGAGCCCGGAAAAUGGCGGUACAACAAAGCCUGGGAGCUUUACCAAGAAGAGAACCAGAAACAACCUUUUGACGUGGUUCACUCCGAAAGCGUAGCCUUACCGUACUGGAUCGCCAGAGAGGUUCCAAACCUAGACGUCACGUGGCACGGCAUCGCGCUAGCGAGCUUACACUCAAACAUUUACCAAGACCUAAUCCGUAAACCAAAAGAGCCAAGGGCACAAAGCUUCAACGCAAGCCUAUACAGUGCCGUGCUUCCCAAGAUACUUGAAGAAAUCAGAUUCUUCCACAACUACGCUCAUCAUAUAGCAAUCAGCGACAGCUGCGGGGAAAUGCUGAGAGAUGUUUACCAAAUCCCGGAGAAAAGGGUUCACGUGAUCCUCAACGGAGUCGAUGAACACGGGUUCACACCAGACAAGAAGCUACGUUCUCUGUUUAGGUCAAAACUAGGGUUACAAGAAAACUCAUCGGCCGUUGUUUUAGGAGCUGCAGGGAGAUUAGUCAAAGACAAAGGACAUCCGUUGCUCUUCGAAGCUUUCUCGAAACUAAUCGAAACGCAUUCUAAUGUUCACCUCGUGGUAGCUGGAUCAGGGCCAUGGGAGCAACGUUACAAGAAACUUGGCGAUAAAGUUACCGUUUUAGGAUCCCUAGAUUCAGAUGAGCUCAAGGGCUUCUACAACGGGAUCGAUAUAUUCGUGAAUCCGACGCUAAGACCACAAGGGCUUGAUUUGACGUUGAUGGAAGCGAUGCUGAGUGGUAAACCGAUGAUGGCGUCGAGGUACCCGAGCAUAAAGAGGAGUGUUUUGGUGAAUGAUGAGUUUGGGUUUAUGUUUGCGCCAAAUGUGGAGGCUUUGACGGAGGUUAUGGAGGUUGCGGUGGCGGAAGGAGUGGAGAGGUUGGCUGAGAGAGGGAGGAAGUGUAGAGAGUAUGCGGCGGAGAUGUUUACAGCGAGUAAGAUGGCUUUGGCUUAUGAGAGGCUGUUUCUUUGUAUUAAGGAACAGAGGUUUUGUAUAUACCCCUAA